AUGGCUCCAGGCGACACACUCCCUGACUUCCUCACCAACACUCCACUACAUCACUCCUUCGAUGACGACAUCAAAGACACGCACCUCAUCUACGACUACGACGCUGAAGACCAUAACGGCAACCCGGAGAAAUGGCGCUACGAGCUCUGGUGUUUCUCACAUGACCGCGUCGUCUACGCCAUCCACGGCGGCCCCAUGGCCGGCAGAAUCAACUACCAACGAGCCACCUACCAAUGCAUCCGUCCCGGCGAGCUGUGGCAGAUCAACUGGCUCGAAGAGACGGGAACCGUAGUCUCUGCUGUGUACGAUAUUUCCAAGCGGAAGAUGACGACGAUGAUUUCUUUCUCCGAGGGCCAUUGGAAGCAGGCGGAGGCGGCGCAUGGGGAUAAAAGACAGAAGGAGUGCCUGGAGAGGUGGAGAAAGCUGGCUGAUGUGGGGAAUCAGGUUAGUCGGUUUAUGUUGAGUGAACAGGCGGAUGUGGUGGAGGCGUUUAAGGGCAAGGGGGAUUUGGUUCCUAUUAGUAGAGACGAUCCUACGUUCUAA